UCAGCCCUGGUCCGCGAAGGAAAACUAAUAAAUUAACGCGCUUUUAACUGAAAUUGCCAAGAUAAAACCAUAAAACCAGGCAGAAGCAGUCUCCACAAGUCCGCAAUCAUGGCUGCGCUGGCCAGCUUGACCGCACAAUACACGGAUUCCGAGAACGAAGGCGAUGCCAGUCCAGACUCCCAAAACUCAACAGCGUCCCAGGUUAUUAUACCCAAGCGUCCAUCGCCCACACCCACACCCACGCCAGUCAAGGAGGAGUCUAGGCCCAAAAAGUCCAAGAAGAAGAUGAAGCGCGCCAAGAAGGUUCGGCGUCUGGUGAGCUACCAGGACGACACGCUGAUAUCCGACGAGGAGGAGGACCGUGCCCAAGAGUUCAGUGAGGAGGAGUCCAGCAGCGACAGUGAUAACUCUGCGGGCGACAGCGACGGUGCGAAGGCCACGAGCAGCGCCAAGGGCGAGGGUGAAGCCGAGGGAGCACCCAUGGAGGUGGACGACGACCCGAAUGUCUAUCAGCCGGAUGAGCGCACGGCGGAGAGCUACGAGAAGGACCCAAAGUAUGCCAAAUACAAAUUCCAGCUACCGCCAGAGCCCAAGGGCAAGCCAUCGCCGGAGCUGGUGUCAAAAAUAACAAAAAUGUACUCGAAAAUGCGUCAGACCAACAUGGACAUGAAUCGGGUGAUCCAGGACCGCAAGGAAUUCCGCAAUCCCAGCAUCUACGACAAGCUGAUUAGCUUCUGCGACAUCAAUGAGUUUGGCACCAAUUAUCCGCCGGAGAUUUACGAUCCGCUGCGGUGGGGCGAGGAGUCCUACUACGAGGCGCUGUCCGCGGUGCAGAAAACGGAGAUGGUCAAGCGGCAGAAGGAUCGCAAGGAGGUGGACAAGGUGGAACAGGCUACUGCGCUGGCUCGCAAGGUGGAGGAGGAGGCCAAGAAGCGCAAAUCCAAGUGGGAUCAACCGGCCUCAUCGUCCAAUGUUAAGCAAACGCUGCCUGCCCUGACCACCACAGUGACUGGCACAAAGGGCACGGUCAUAUCUGCAUUCGGCUCGCUACCCAAGAAACCAGCGGCUUAGAUUUUGUUUUUAGCUUCUCCUAUUAAUUUUGUUGCGUCUAAAAAGAAUAUAAAUGUAAGAAUGAUGCUUUAAAAGCGA